AUGAUCAUCCACUUUAACAGUGAAGAACAUGCACGGAAUGAUAAUCCUGCUUGUACACCAUGCGAAGCUUUUAACAAGAGGCUUUACCCGCUGCCUAAAACCACUGUGGUGUUGUGGGACCUCAACACAUGUCCAGUUCCGCCUGGUUAUGACAUUGCUUGUGUCCGUCCGAGCAUCAAAUCAGCGUUGAAGACGCUCGUUGGUAAUCUUCCCGUCACCGUCUUUGCCAUUGGCAACCUAGACGGGUUCUCUGGUCGAGCUUUAAAAGACAUCUCUUCCUCUGGAAUCCUUCUUAUACACACCCCUUUCGAUGAUGGUUCGUUAGAAGUCUCUGAUGUUUUGGACGAGUGGAGAAGGCGUGAUCCAUCUCGGAGAAAGCGUAAUUACAACGUUUUCCUCAUUUCGGGCAAUGCUUCGUGGUGCAGUCACCUACUUCUCAGGCAUGGGCACACAACUCUGCGAGCAUUUCCAAAUUGUAAGCCAGCCGAAACCUACGGCUCUUAUAAAGAGUGGCAGUGGGAAGAAUUACUGCAAGAGAAUUUGUCGGAGGCAAACAGCCAGAUACUUGAGGACAAGUGCAUUGAAACGGGUGAACCUGCCUGGUUUUGCAGACUAUGCGAAAUUCCUAGCGAAAGCUUUGAUGGUUUCAUCGAGCAUCUCAAGAGUAAAAGACACGGAGAGGAGCUGUGGGAGAUCGUGCCACGAGACGACGAUGAUAAACCUAUCUUCUUUUGCAAACUUUGCAACUAUCCUGCCUACAAGCCCGCGAAUAUGACUCUUCACCUGAACAGUGAACAACAUGCACAUAACCUUGUCAAGCAGAAGCAGGACGAAGAAAAGGAAGACUUGAACAACGCGAAGAAGACUUGA